GCGUAGAUGAGUUUGUGGUCGUUUCGGUUGUGAGCAGCUUUUAACGCUGAAGAAGUGUGAUUCAAACUAAUUGAUAAUUAUAUGUAUACCUUUUUUUUGCUAUACAAGUCAAACUAUCGUACAUUAUUACUGCUAACAAAUACGUUUGUUUAAUUAUUAUUUUUUUGUUGGUAAAGUGCGUUUUCGUUUAAGAGCGCACUGGAGUUACAAUCCGACAGCAAUGGCGAGAGGAUCGAGUUUGAAAACAUUGUCUUCUGCGUUCCUAGGUUUUUUACUAGCAGCCACGGCUUCAUCAUAUUCAAUAACCACCAAGUCGGAAAAAGUUUCAGUCCCGGAAAACGCAGCUGCUGACCUGUCAUGCGAGUAUAGCGCUGAUUUUGGUAACCCCAGAAUUGAGUGGAAAUUUGCGAGCAGCAAAGGAAUUGUAUUUGUCUUCUACAACAACGAACCAACAGCGGCGUACAAGGGCCGCAUUGAACAGUACACUGGUGGACUUCGCUUCAGUAAGGUUACGCGGAAUGAUAAUGGAGUCUACACGUGUGAAGUGACUUCUCCUGGAGGCUAUGCGGAAAAGAACAUCGAACUCCUAGUGCAAGUGCCUCCCUCCCCUCCGGUCUGCAGGGUGCCCACCUCGGUGACCACGGGAUCGCAGGUCACUCUCACCUGUUCCGAUAAGGAUGCCUCACCAAAGCCCACUUACCAGUGGUUUAGAAACAAGGUUCUUGUCCCAAACUCGCCAAAACAAAUCCCAGCCUUCCAGAACUCCUCCUACACGUUCGACCCCUCAACAGGGACUCUGACAUUUCAACCUGUGGCGAAAAUCGACUCCGGGGAAUAUUACUGCCAAGUACAAAAUGGAGUUGGGCAGCCUAGCACAUGCGGAGCUGUGCGAAUGGAAGUAGGGGAUGUGAAUGUCGGGGGGAUCGCCGCCGCAGUCAUUGUAGUGCUGCUGCUGAUUGCUGUGAUUGCAUUGGCUGUCUGGUACGCGAACCGCAAAGGCUAUCUGCCCAAACAAAGGGAAAGAAAACCUAAAGUGGUGUACAGUGUGCCUCCAGUUAGAGACACUGACCCAGGAGAUGAUGUCGAUUUCAGACAGAAGUCUUCCUUUUUGGUGUGAUCUCUUCUCAUGGACAGACUCUGGUCAUCACAAACUGUUCUGUAACUUAUUUUAGAUUUUCUGUAAAGAACCAAUGCAACUCCCCCCCCCCCCCCCCCCCCCGUGUUGGAUUUUGUUUGGUAAAAUUCGAAAGUCUUUUUAUUGUUUUUUGUUUAUUGCAGUGUUAUCAUGUGUGAUGAGGGGUCCCGGUUUUAUAAAAUGUAGUGCUGCAUCUCACGGUUCCCAGUUUCGAACACAAUAUUCCUAAAAUGAGUUUAGAACUUAGAACCGAUUUUUUAGAAUCUGUUCAAACGGUGCUGUAACCCUGCAAAAGACACGACACCCAACUUAGGAAGAACGGAGUCAUUGUUUUAUUUUGUAUUCCGAUUUUAAAUUAAACGGGUAAAACAAAAUCAAAUUCCAAGUUUUAAGAUGGAUUCACACGUCCCAUUAGUUAACUAUGAAGACAAAUCCAUAAGCUGAAACUUUAAUAAAUGAUGCUCGUAAAGAAGCCAUCACUUUCACAUGGUAGAAAGAGGCACCAGAAACAGACAGCUGGACUCUAGUAGCACACCUUCCUAAAAUUACCCUAUUUUUAACACUGCACUGGUGCUCUGCGCGUGUAGAUAGUAGACGAGGCAUUUUAAAUAUGUGAAUGUUUGGGGAAUUUUGGUAAUGAUUUGUUUUUUAAAUAAUUUAUGUGUUGCGGGUAUACUAUACAUUUCUCAGUCUUGUUGGUUGAAAGUUUUUCUCUUUAGGGACCAGAACAAUAACUUUUGUAAUUAUGGAUUUUAGUAGUUGUGGUGAAUUUUUAAUGUGUACAGGACCUUUUUUCUUAAUGUGUUUUUUGUUUUUAUUUUUUUUUGCAGUAAUGUGAAUUGAAACUACACUAGGUAAAACUUCAGGUGUUUGUAAAAAUAUAAACUUAAUAAAAUGACUCUCUUUCUAAUAA